AUGUGUAUCCCUUCAAAUUCUGAAAUUAUGAAACAUCUGAUAAAAAUUGAAUCAAAAUUGGAAAAUAUUGACAUUAAGCUGAAAACUUUAGAUGUUUUAGAAUCAAAAGUUGACAAAUUUGAAAGAGAUUUAAAAUCAUUAUGGUUAAAUGUACAUGAUACAAAAAAGGAGACAGAUGAUAAGCUAUUAAAGUUUGACGAUCGCAUAAGCCAUGUUGAAAUUUCUAACGCAGAGAAGUUGUCAAAACUUGAAUCAUUGGAAAAAGAAAAUGACCAAAUAAAAGAAGACCUGUCUUAUCUACGAUCCCAGUCUAUGAGAAAUAAUCUCAUUUUUGGUGGAAUAUCCGAGUCGCUGAAUGAAAAAGCAACAGAAACUGAAAACAAACUAAGGGAGCAUUUGGUUAAUAAGCUGGGACUCGCACAAGAUACAGUAGAUGCCUUGAAGAUAGAAAGAGCCCACAGAAUGGGGUACCAAUCAACUGAUCCAUCAAAAUUAAUCAACAGAAAAAUUGUAUGCAAAUUUGCGUAUUUCAAAGAUAGAGAAACUGUAAGGAAGCAGCACUUCAAACUUGAUGGUAAACAAUUCUUUAUGCAUGAACAGUUCCCGCCUGAGGUCGUGGCAAAACGUAAGAGAUUAAUUCCUAAACUUCGUGAGGCGAGAGCAAAAAACCAUAACGCAUGGAUCUCUUAUGACACAUUAUUUAUCGAUGGAAAACCAAUCAACUUGGAAUAG